UGAAAUCUACACUUGGAUUCCAGAUUCCGACUCUUCUCCGAAGAGAACGAAGAUCGAAAACCCCCCUUUCUCCCAAAUUUCUCUCCGGGUCGGAGUCCGAGUCCACUCUGAGUCACUCACAACAUGGCUGGGUUGCGUCUGCUUGUUGCUGCUGUAAUCCUAGGGUUUCUGUCGUCUACAUCGGAAUCUCUGCGGUUCGAGCUGCAAUCGGGCCAUACCAAAUGCAUCGUGGAAGACAUAAAAGCCAAUGCCAUGACGGUCGGUAAGUACAGCGUCGUCAACCCUAACGAAGGCCACCCCAUUCCCGAUUCUCACAAGCUCACCGUCAGGGUGACGUCGCACUAUGGGAAUAACUAUCAUUACUCGGAGCUGGUGGAAUCGGGGCAGUUCGCAUUUGUGGCGGCGGAGGCGGGAGAUUACAUGGCCUGCUUCUGGGCGCCUGAUCACAAGCCCCAAAUUACGUUGACCAUUGAAUUCGAUUGGAAGACCGGCGUCGCCGCUAAAGACUGGUCCAAUGUGGCCAAGAAAGGCUCUGUCGAUGUUAUGGAAUUAGAGCUUAAAAAGUUGUUUGAUACUGUUACUUCCAUUCAUGAGGAAAUGUUCUAUCUCCGUCAAAGGGAAGAAGAAAUGCAGGAGCUUAACAGAACAACGAACUCCAGAAUGGCCUGGUUUAGUUUGCUCUCGCUUCUCGUUUGCUCAUCGGUUGCAGCUUUGCAAUGGUGGCACUUGAAGACCUUUUUUGAGAAAAAGAAGCUCAUCUAAUUUUAUUCCAGAGAGGGGCAUUGCCAGAAAAGAAAAGAAAAAGAGUAUUCCAGUUCCAGAGAGGAGUUUCAUAAUUCCAUCUUUUAAUGCUUUUUGUAAAAUAUUUUACAGAACAUUGUACGUUGGAAUAUAAUAAUUAUCAGAUCAGAUUGUUAGAUGAAGUAGGACAACCAAAUCUUGACUACAGCACAAGAGUUGUUUUGAAGUUGAUAAUAGCCAUCUUGUAUUCCAGUAA